CAAAUCUUUAAAAAAGUUAACACUACAGUCAUCAGACAAUGGUGAGUACGAGUGUCGAGGAUACCGCAACGACGAAUUAAUCGGCAGCAAUCGUGUGACUCUGUACGCUACCAACACAGGCCCUCUGGAUGCAGCACGUGUUGAAAUUGAUCCUCCGACAGUACGAGUGCUCAAUCAGGGCGACUCCAUCGAACUUACUUGCACUGUUGAAGGUACACCCUCAUCUCAAUCUCUAGAUCUGAAAGAACUAAAUAUCGAAAAGGCCUGA